GCCAGCGGGACACUCUGAUUUUCUCCUCCAGAUUUGGGGUCACAACCAUCUAAAGCAAGAUGUCUGAUGAUGAGAAAAAAAGGAGGGCAGCCACUGCCCGUCGGCAGCACCUCAAGAGUGCUAUGCUCCAGCUUGCUGCCACUGAAAUAGAAAAAGAAGCAGCUGCUAAAGAAGUGGAAAAGCAAAACUAUCUGGCAGAGCAUUGUCCUCCUCUGUCGCUCCCAGGAUCCAUGCAGGAACUCCAGGACCUGUGCAAAAAGCUUCAUGCCAAGAUAGAGUCAGUGGAUGAGGAGAGGUAUGACACAGAGGUGAAGCUACAGAAGACUAACAAGGAGCUGGAAGACUUGAGCCAGAAGCUCUUUGAUCUGCGGGGCAAGUUCAAGAGGCCGCCUCUGCGCAGGGUGCGCAUGUCCGCUGAUGCGAUGCUGCGGGCCCUGCUGGGCUCCAAGCACAAGGUCUGCAUGGACCUCCGAGCCAAUCUGAAGCAAGUCAAGAAGGAGGACACUGAGAAGGAGAAGGACCUCCGUGAUGUUGGUGACUGGAGGAAGAACAUCGAGGAGAAGUCUGGCAUGGAGGGCAGGAAGAAGAUGUUCGAGGCUGGCGAGUCCUAAGCACCCACCUCUCCACACCUCUCCUCCGCUCCCUCCUGUCCCC